CUCGCGUGAGAACGACAACAUUAUAGUGGUGGUGCGGCUGCGGCAAGUCAAGAGUUGCAAGUCUAAACGUUAGUGUAUAGUACUAUUGGUAGUAGGAGGUGGAGAAGAAGAAGGAGAAGUCGCGGUGUUGCGGAAUAUUAUUCAUAUAACACUGACUGGAGGUUAUAAAAGUUAUCCCAACAAACGAAGAUCGCUUCAGUGCGGGUGUGUAAAGUUACCAACACCAUAGUCGGAAGUCCGGCUGUUAAGAGUAAACGUGCAUACUGUUUGCAAUAAUCCUGAAUAAUAAUGGAUGAAGAACAAGUUCAAAUGCUGAGGCGAGCAUUCUCGAUGUUCGAUUCAACCAAAUCGGGUCGGAUUGAAAAGGAAAAAGUUCGAACGAUUUUGAACACUCUUGGGCAUACUUUUGAUGACCAUGAACUCGAUAUCAUGUUGAAAGCAGAAGACACCGAUGGUUCGGGCGUAUUGAACUUUGACUCUUUCUUCCGUGUGGCGAGCCACUUUCAGGAGGAAGAUGCUGAGGCUCUGCAAAAGGAACUCAAGGAAGCUUUCCGUCUGUACGAUAAGGACGAGAAAGGUUACAUACCAACCAGUUGCUUGAGAGAAAUUUUACACGCGCUUGACGAUCAGAUAACGCCAGAUCAGCUGGACGGCAUGAUUGCCGAAAUCGACACCGACGGUUCUGGCACUGUUGAUUUUGACGAAUUCAUGGAAAUGAUGACUGGUGAUUAAAAUUUCGAAAAGUGUAAUCUUAAUUCAAUGAUUUUUAAGCUCAAGUUUCGCAAAAUCUUGAAAAAAUAGUUACAAUGUUAGUAACACGCUUUAUAAAAUGCAAAUGUAAUGCUUUGUAUUUAAUUGAAAGAAAGUGCAUCCAAGGUAACGAUACUCUUUUCUACCUUUAGUUCUGUGAAUAUUUUUGGACUAUAAUAAUAAAUGUACAUAAUAACUGCAAAA